CGCAGCGCGCAACACACGGACUUUAAGACGAUGGAUGACAAACUCUGAAUUCAGCUACAAGUGAUCUUCGCACCUGCUGGUCAUUUUGAACGUCAAAUUCUGACGCAUUCAUAUUUUUUUCUUACAAAUAUACCUUAACAAUAGCUUUACAUUGAUAUAAGCGCAAUGAUUUUGUUCGUUUACCAUUAACGGCGCAAUAUAGGUUUUACGUUUGUAACUUUUUUUAUUGCUAUAAACGCCUUUGAAAACAAUGGACUUAAAAUACUGUAAAGUACUACUUAUGACUCUCCUGACUGUUCAGGUUCGUAGCGACGCUGUAUCACCGUCAAAACAUCCAGGCCUGCAGGUGCUGGCCACAGCUUCACACUACUGGCCUCUGGAUUCAGUGGAAGGGAUCCACGGCCUCUCAGACCAGAUUGGGAACAGAACAGGUCAUGUUAAUGGGACUAAUAUAACUGUCAGAAUCCACAACCACACUGUCCUGACUACCCAUAAUUCUUCCUCUGUGUAUACCAAUGACUCUGCCUACACUAACAUUUCCGCCACUGUAGACAUUGUAGAAGGAAUGGUGAAUAAGGGUAUCUAUCUGAACGGUGAUAAUGGGGCCACUUUCCUUCACUUUGGCAACUAUAAAGACUCCUGCAUAAGUGAUCCUGCUUUGUGUGGACCUGCCGGAAUAACUUUCUCCUUUUUCUGGAAAAAUAAUGAAGUAGAUUCUCGUUUUGCGAUUGCAUCCGGAGGUAAAAUCAUCUCAAGCGGUUUCUCUGUCUACUCCAACCCUCAUGGCAGAUACGUGGAGUUCUACACGAGAGGAGACUCCAAGACAUGGAAAGCACAUAUUAAACUUCCAGGGCCCUACUGGACUCAUGUUCUCUUUACAUGGACCCAAACCGAGGGGUUAAUGGUCUACAUUAAUGGGACAUUCAGUGUCGGAGACCCCACAGGAAAUGUUUCUCUUAACUAUGGCGAUCCCUAUGCUGACUUGGUCAUUGGCACUGGAAACACUGGGAAUUACAACCACUAUGCCACAGGGGCCUUUGAUGAGUUUGUGAUUUGGGAGAGGGCCUUGUCACCUCAGGAUAUCUGGAUGUACUACAAAGCAGCCAUUGGUGAGAAUGUGAUGUCCACCUUCCCAACCGAAGCAUCCAUCAGUGUCACUGCUGCAGAUACUCAGUUAAAGAGAACCACAGAGAUGCCCCGACCUGCCUCCACAAACCUGACAGAGGAAGUUCAGAGACUUCAGGACCCCAUGCGGUUACAAACGCUAGACCUCCUUCAGUCAUUUAACCUUCCAAACAAGACUAUACCUCAGGAAACAGCCAACAAUCUUACACAGUCUCUACUGAAGAGCGUGGAUGAGGUCAUAACUACCAGCGACUGGAGAGAAAAUGAUGAGUGGAGUCCAGUGGUCAAUGGGCUGGUGGAAACGGUGGAUAAAGUGAUGGUGCAUAUGGCCUCCAAGCUUCGGUCCAGCCCAAACGCAGUGGCUCCUCUGGCUAUAGGGGGCAAGAGCUCUGUAGCGGAUUACUCUCUGAUGAAGAUCCCUCAGAACUACAAUCUGCAAAGCUACCGGUUCCCCACACAAGGGAAGAGUUACAUCUCAGUACCAGGAGAGGCCCUCACAAUGCAGUCUCAGACCAUGAUCGUGGGACUUUUCUACCACAAAAUGCACAACUACUACAGAAAAAUCAGCCCUCUACAAACAAGGAUAAAUGAGGCAGUGGAUUUUAAAGAUCAUAAGAUCCAAAUGGCCAGUCAUCUUAUUUCUCUGAAGGUGGAACCGUCACCUGCCCUGUCAUUCAACCUGUCCACUGAGCCACUGAUCCGGAUCGUCCUCGCACAUCAGCUGAGUAAAGAACAGCAACUCCAGGCCUUAAACCAAAGUAACAAAGUGUUCCUGUACUGCGCCUUCCUGGACUACAGCUCCAAGGAGGGUGUGUGGUCCAAUGAGGGGUGUGUGAGAGCUGAUGGAAACCUGUCCUUCUCUAUUUGCUUGUGUAACCAUCUGACAAACUUCGCCAUCCUUAUGCAAGUGGUUCCCAUGGAGCUCUCAAAGGCCCACAAGGUGGCGCUAUCCACCAUUAGCUACAUCGGCUGCUCUAUCUCUAUUUUCUGCCUGGCAAUUACACUGGUCACCUUUGCUGUCCUGUCGUCGGUUAGCACCAUCCGUAAUCAGCGUUACCAUAUUCAUGCAAACUUGGCAUUUGCGAUCUUAGUUGCUCAGAUCCUUCUGCUCAUCAGUUUCUGCUUCAAUCCCAGCACGCUCCCGUGUAAGAUCAUGGCCGUAUUGCUGCAUUUCUUCUUCCUGUGUGCGUUCGCCUGGAUGCUGGUGGAAGGGCUGCAUCUCUAUAGCAUGGUGGUCAAGGUGUUCGGCUCAGAGGGCAGCAAGCACUUUUAUUACUAUGCAAUCGGAUGGGGAUGUCCUUUGGUCAUAUGUGUGGUGUCUAUGACCUCGUCACUAAACAGCUAUGGAGAGGCUGGCAAUUGCUGGCUGUCUCUGAAGAAUGGGGUGAUUUGGGCUUUUGUAGCCCCUGCUCUGUUUGUUAUAAUGGUGAACAUUGGCAUUUUGAUAGCUGUGACACGGAUCAUAUCCAGGAUCAGCGCUGAAAACUACAAGGUUCACGGAGACGCCAACUCUGUUAAGCUUACGACUAAAGCGGUGGCGGUACUCUUGCCCAUCCUGGGCAUAUCGUGGAUCUUUGGGGUUCUGGCGGUGAAUGACCACUCCCUGCUUUUCCAGUACAUGUUUGCAGUGUUUAACUCACUACAGGGGUUCUUCAUAUUCCUGUUUCACUGUCUGCUAAACUCCGAGGUGAGGGCUGCUUUCAAACACAAAACCAAAGUGUGGACUUUAACCAGCAGCUCAAUCCGCAACAUCAACGUCAAACCUUUCAACUCCGACAUAAUGAAUGGCAACAAGGGCGGUGUGACUCCCACAAAGAUGAACACAUGGGACAAAAGCACCAACUCAGCCAACCGCAUAGAUUUGUCAGCAGUAUAAUGGCUUCUGGUCCAAAAAGAGCAAGUGGACAACAGCAUAGCAUCUCUUAUAGAUCAUGUGCCUUUCUAUAUCACAUUUUAAAUGGACUUCAUAUGAUAAAAUAGCUACAAACUCUUGCAGCUGAUUGUAGAAUAGUUAACUCACAACACAAAGUUCUCUGAUGUCAUUUCCUCCUGCUGAUGAUCUCUCUAACACAAACAUUGGAUGAAGACACACUGCGCGUUGAUGGGAUGAAAGAGUUCAUGGUUUGCUAAUAAUGUGGUGUGCUGAGGAAAACACACUAACUCUCACAGACAGGAGACUCUCCUGAGAUACAGUACCUGUACUGUAACAGUGUUUCCUUGCUUUGAUUUUUUUGGACAACACACUAGACCUGUGCUACAUUUGGACCACUGUUUGGCCGUCCUUUAGGAAUCAUCAAAUACAAAGUCUGGAGUGUCUCAGCUUUAAUGAGAACACUUUUUUGCAACCAACCCGAGUGAAGUAGCAGCUUCUAUUAAUCCAUGUCCAUCUGUCCAUCGGCUAUGGCUUAGAAUUCGACCUGGAAGAGAAGUACAAUACUGGCGAAAUUCUCUGGAGAUCUUCCUCAUUGUUGUAUUGUUCCUCAAUCUAGUAUUGUAAAUGGGACUUGUGUCUCAGUUACUGAACACCUAAUUCAUGCACAGUGCCAAAUAGCUUUCUCAUGUCAUGAUAUAUAUCAGUUUGCGUCAUUUCAUAAAGGUGGACACUUUUGUGAUGUAUAUAGCACAGACACAUACAGCCGUGCGUAAUUGUGGAAUUGCGUAAUUGUCUGUAAUUGUGCCAUCAUAGACAUAUUUAUUGGUACCAAAACAGGUCAGUGCAUUAUUAACGUGUGAACAUAUACAGUAUAUCUUUAAAUUAUUGUCGUCAUCGUCGUCAUGUUCCAACAAGACUUUGAUACUGCUUGAAAGAUCUUCUUAUUCAGUAUCAUAAUACUUAUUUUCUCAACAUUAUAGCUUAAUCAGCUAUUGUAUGUAGUUUAUGAGUGAAUGUCUUAGUGUUGAUGCUCUCCGCCAAGAACAAAUCGCAGAAGAUACUUUGUUUUAGUACCAAAGUUUCAAGAGAGUUUCUCCCAAAUGAACAUUUAAAGGCCAAGUGCACUUCUUGUCUGAUUGUUAUUUAAUAUUUGAAAAUAACUGUUUAUGCAGUGUCUCUCAAUCAAGUGUGUCUUUAACCCAUUCAUGUGAUGUUUUGCUUUUGAAAAUGUUGACAAUAUUAUCAGCAGGAACAUAGAGUGAUAUAGUACACCAUAUAAGAUUGGAUUUACACAUUUUCAGAUUACACAUGCUUCAGAGGUAUUAAAUAUGAUCUCAGAACUCACACACAAAUGGCCAUAGCAGUGUUUUGAGAUGAUGCUGUAAAGUAUAAAGUGAUUUUAAAGAGAAAGUGCCUUAGCUCUACAAAUUCCAGUAAAGAGUGUUGUUCUUAAGUUUAUAAUGUGAGAAAUCUUUCUGUGAAGUUUUUAUUUUUAUUCUGUUUCCUUGAUUUAUUCUGUUCUAAUGCAAAUAGAUUUUUUCACAGUUCUCUUUUAUGCAAAAUAAAACUUUUAUUUAAGUCUGAAAACCGUACUGUGAUAUGACAUACAUGCGUUGUACAUAUUUGUAAGUCCUAUAUUCCUGCACAUCUCUUUUAUAAGAGUGUCAUUUAUAAGAGGUCUGAUUCUUAAGACAGACCUUGUCUGUGUUUAAUUUUUAGGGUAAAUCUGCGGAAUUGAUUUAAUAUAACCAAAAUAUUUACAAACUGCAGAAAUCUAUGGGCACAGGCUCUGUCACUGUUCGUUUCAAACAUCAUUUUCCUGAUGUGAAUUCCUAACAAACCCUUCCCAUAAUGCUGACUGUUGAUUUACCAAGAGGAUGGGGAUAUAUGAUGGAUAUUGAUGAGGUUAUUAAAUGUGUUUUCUGAGUUUAUGUUGGACAGAACCCCCUCUGUGAGUCCUUCAUUAGGCUUUACUGUGAAGAAGGAUUUCAUAUGUACAGUGAGGCAUUGAAACCGUACCCAUGCUGAUUGUCUUCACAUGUAAAAUAAAAGCUCAUGACAUUUUCAUUGUAUUUGCCACAUUAUAUUUUAAUGAAAGGCAUUAUGUAAUAUGCCCAAAUUGAAUAAA